AUUUUGGGUAGGUGAUCAAAACCGCACCAGAAAUAAAACCCAUACAUCCUCUCCCCGUUCUCUCUCAGCUCUCUCCCUCUCUCUCCUCUCUCUCUCUCUCCUCUCCUCUCCCGCUCUCUCACCAAACCAAAGAACUAGAGAGAGAAAGCAAGAGCCGAGGCGGGAGAGAGGGGGAUCCAUCAAUCGAUCUGGACUCGGAUCAUGCAAUCGGAGACGAUGAAGCUCUCACCUCUAGAUCUGAUGACGGCGCUUUUGACCGGAAAGCUCGGCGACGGUGGACUGCCGCCUGAGGCGGCGGCGAUCGCGGAGAACCGGGAGCUUCUGAUGAUCUUGACGACGGCGAUCGCGGUUCUGAUCGGAUGCGCUGUGGUUUUUCUGUGGAAGCGAUCGAGCGGGAAGUCGAGCAAGUCGGUGGAGGCUCCGAGGCCGCUCGUGGUGAAGAAGGAGGCGGAGCCUGAGGUUGACGAUGGGAAGAAGAAGGUUACGAUCUUUUUCGGGACCCAGACUGGGACUGCUGAGGGUUUUGCUAAGGCGCUGGCGGAAGAGGCCAAGGCUAGAUACGACAAGGCGGUGUUCAAAGUCGUCGAUCUGGAUGAUUAUGCGGCUGAUGACGACGAGUACGAGGAGAAGAUGAAGAAGGAAAGUCUAGCUCUGUUCUUCAUGGCAACGUACGGAGAUGGGGAACCGACUGAUAAUGCUGCUAGAUUCUACAAAUGGUUUACUGAGGGGAAAGAGAGGGAAAAGUGGCUGGACAACCUCCAGUAUGCUGUGUUUGGUCUGGGCAACAAGCAGUAUGAGCAUUUCAAUAAGGUCGCAAAGGUCGUAGAUGAGAUCCUUGAUGAACAGGGAGCAAAACGUCUUGUCCCAGUGGGGCUCGGGGACGAUGACCAGUGCAUUGAGGAUGAUUUCACUGCAUGGAGAGAGCUAUUAUGGCCAGAAUUAGAUCAGCUGCUUCGAGAUGAAGAUGAUGCAUCAGGUGCAUCUACAACUUACAGAGCUGCUGUUCCUGAAUACCGUGUUGUGGUCAUUGACUCUGCAGCCACAUCUCAUUUGGAGAAGAACUGGAGUCUUGCAAAUGGUCAUGCUGUUCAUGAUAUCCACCAUCCAUGCAGAGCUAAUGUGGCUGUGCGGAAAGAGCUUCAUACUCCAGCUUCUGAUCGUUCCUGCAUUCAUCUGGAGUUCGACAUUGCUGGGACUGGUCUUCGAUAUGAAACGGGAGACCAUGUUGGUGUAUAUUCGGAGAAUUCCCUUGAGACCGUAGAGGAGGCUGAAAAGCUAUUAGGCCUUCCAUCAGACACAUUCUUCUCUAUUCAUGCUGACAAUGAAGAUGGAACUCCGCUAAGUGGCAGCACUCUGCCACCUCCUUUCCCAUCUCCAUGCACUUUAAGAACUGCCCUUACACGAUAUGCUGAUCUUUUGAAUUCUCCUAAAAAGGCUGCUUUAGUUGCUUUAGCUGCACAUGCUUCUGAUCCCAACGAAGCGGAAAGAUUAAAUUUUUUGGCUUCUCCUGCUGGGAAGGAUGAAUAUUCUCAAUGGAUAGUUGCAAGUCAGAGGAGUCUCUUGGAGGUCAUGGCUGAGUUUCCUUCCGUCAAGCCUCCACUAGGAGUUUUCUUUGCAGCAAUAGCCCCUCGUUUGCUGCCUAGAUAUUAUUCAAUAUCAUCUUCACCAAGGAUGGCACCAACUAGAAUUCAUGUAACUUGUGCUUUAGUCUAUGGACCAACGCCGACAGGAAGGAUUCACAAAGGAGUCUGCUCAACCUGGAUGAAGCAUUCAAUUCCUAUGGAGAUAAGUGAAGAAUGCAGCUGGGCUCCUAUAUUUGUGAGACAGUCGAACUUUAAACUCCCUUCAGAUCCCUCCACGCCAAUUAUUAUGAUUGGCCCAGGCACGGGGUUGGCACCCUUCAGGGGUUUCUUGCAGGAAAGGUUGGCACUGAAGGAAGAUGGAGCAGAACUUGGCCCUGCCAUUCUCUUCUUUGGUUGCAGGAACCGGAAAAUGGAUUUCAUCUAUGAGGAUGAGCUGAACAAUUUCGUUGAGGCAGGGGCUCUUUCUGAACUAAUUGUAGCCUUUUCUCGUGAGGGUCCUUCAAAGGAAUAUGUGCAGCAUAAGAUGAUGGAGAAGGCCUCUGAGCUUUGGAAUACCAUCUCUAAUGGUGGAUAUCUGUAUGUCUGUGGUGAUGCUAAAGGCAUGGCCAGAGAUGUCCACAGAGUUCUUCAUACGAUAGCUCAAGAACAGGGGUCGUUGGAUAGCUCAAAGGCUGAGCACAUGGUGAAGAGUCUACAGAUGGAAGGAAGAUACCUGCGUGAUGUCUGGUGAUAUUUUCCACCCUUGAGUUGUGGAAGAAGAACCCCCUUAUACAGGUGGGUGACAAGAGGCACCCAAAAAAAAAAAAAAA